CUACAAACCCCAGUUGUUGACGCUUAUGUGCCCCCUAUGCCACACCCUCCUGCUGGAUACACUAUACAGGCAGACGCUAGUCAUCCGAUCCAGUGGCUACGCAAGAAUACCAUCCUAGAUGUACAGGACUUGUCAACCCAACAAAUGCAAGAAUUGGUCGACACACGUCCGAAGGCGGCAUUUAUUUCUCUCGUGAGAAACGAGGAGCUCGGAGAGAUGGUCUCCAGCAUCCUCCAGGUGGAAGCUCGAUUCAAUAGACGGAAAACCCACCGAUACGACUGGGUCUUUUUUAACAAUGAAGAAUUCACUGACGAAUUCAAAGCAACCGUGUUGAAGGCCACUGACUCCCAAUGCUACUUUGAACGCAUCCCUGAAGAGCAUUGGAGCAUUCCCCCUUGGAUUGAUGUCACACGAUUUGACGUUGGCCGUCAAUUCAUGGGCGGUAUUGGCGUCGGUAAGGCGUGGUUGCAAAGUUACCAUCAACUACGAUGUGUUCCGUUUCAUGCGAGAUAAUAACAUGGCCUAUGGAUUUAACAUGGCCAUCCUCGACGACGCCCGGUCUUUCCCCUCUCUUUGGGAGCGUACCAAAGCAUUCAUCGACAAUAACGAGGAUUUGAUAGAUGAAGAUGCGGAUUUAGAAUGGUUGCUAUAUACGGCUGAAGAUCGUGACGAUGUGAUUCGUCCACAUACAGGUGCUGAGGGGGGUGUUGGUGAUGGAGAGUACAAUAACUGCCAGUUCUAUUCCAACUUUGAGAUUGGCUCUCUGGAAUUCUUUCGAAGCAAAGAGCACAAGGCGUAUUUCGACCAUUUGGACAAGGCUGGUGGGUUUUAUUAUGAACGAUUCGGGGAUGCUCCUGUUCAUACACUCAGCGUUAGCAUGUUCUUGCCCAAGACUCGAAUCUGGUACUUUCGUGAUAUCGGAUAUGCGCAUGGGCUUUGUGAGCAAUGCCCUCCUCAUGAACGUGAGUUGGCGCUUGAACCACAGUUGAAGACACCAGUUCCGCGAGAACUUGGACAUGAUGCACCGGAAUCAGCCGAAUACGGGGCACGAACACUGGAAGAACAAUCUGAAAGCUUCAGAAGUAAGCACCAACGAUGGACGACAAUGGCUCAAGAUGUCGAACGUCAAAAGGGAAUCCCCAGCCUUGCAUGCGGCUGUACGGUGAAUGCCAUCGACAGCAACAACGCAAAGCUCGUACCGUACGAAUCAAAGCAGCGAAAGCCGUCGGACCCAUGCAUUCGUAAGUUUCUAGGGGGUAAAUGGCUCGUCAGGAAGGACAGGGUAUCUGAUUUCAAAAGUGACACAGGAAUUAUUGGGAGCAGUGAUGGUGUUGAGUACGUUCUCGAUGGCCGAGAUGGUAACCCCUUUCCAUAGAGGCACGUUCCACAGAGCACUCCUCCACACGUUCGUUGUCCUGGGCCCGUUUUGGGCAAUGCAGUGGGUGGAUGGCAAUCUUAAGGCUUCAUCUAAUAUCGAUAACCCUCAUAAAUUAUACCUCGUCGCUCCGCUCAA